AUGAGUUCAUCGACCGUGGUUACAACAACUUCCUCGAGCAGCAGCACAUCAAGCACUGUCUCCUCGUUUACACCGACAUCGACAAGCGCCACUAGCUCUUCAAGCUCAACCGCCACGAGUAGUGUCACAAGUAACCAGCAGCGAGAGUACUUCUUCCACGAUCACUUCCACUUCGUCCAGUGUUUCGUCACCGGCGAGCUCAUCAUCCUCUUCCUCAACCUCCGCAACUGGAGCGUCUACCUCAUCAUCCACUGCGUCGACAACUACACCAACGACGACACCGACGAGCUCUCCCGCCUCCACAUCACCUACAUCUACAUCUUCAUCUUCUCAAAGUUCUUCAUCUUCCACAGAAGUCUUCAGCCCCUCAUCUUCCUUCCGGUUCACGAACUCGAGCAUUUUGGCAUCGGUACCAGCGACUUCGCAAGUGAUCACCAGCUCACCCAUUGUCGUAGCACCGUCUCCGAGCCCCGUAGAGACCCCACCAGUCUCAGAGCCAAGCUCCAACCCUGGUCCCGUGCCUGGGCAAAGCUCUUCUCGGACCACAUUGCCCGUCGUCAACCCGAGUCCGAGCUCUAG